AUGACGAAGUCUAAGGUUGCACCGCGUAACAUCAUGGCGGCUAUUGCGGAGCAAUUUCCUGAUGAUCAUCCAAACAUCAGACACAUCUACAAUUGCCGGAAUGACUUCAGAGAGGAGAUGUCUGAUGGGAGAGGAGUUGUUCAGCAAUUUCUACAUUUGGCGAGACAGAGUCAGUAUGUUUACUGGGUCAUGUCCGAUGAUGAAGGCGUUUUACAGCACGCCUUUAUGGCGCAUCCAGUCAUGGUAGACAUCCUACGGACGUACCCCUAUGUGAUCGGUAUGGAUUCCACUUACAAGACUAACCGAUAA